GAUGACAACGAAACAGCAAUGCAGAGGCUAUUCAUUCCAAUGAUGCUGCAAUCAGACAUAUCAAUAGGGACCCAAUAGUACCUCGUCCGGAAUACAUUUAGAAGAGGACGGGAGAGGAGCUGACCGGGAGGUAGCGUCUUUUGGCAACCAUCAAAGGAGCAAUAGGCUGUCCUUGUGGUGCCCUGCCCUGAUUGGGCCCUGGGCGGGAUGGUUCUCGAGGGAAGCUCCGAGGCACUAUGUCCCCCUUCUUCCCUGGAUCUGCGUCAGUCUUGCAAAAAGACGACUUCUUCAUCCUCGUCACCUCUAGUGCCCGCCUCCCAGCACCACGACAACCUCAUCAUCAAUGACAAGGAUCCGGUCAAAUAUGGGGAGCUCAUUGUACUGGGGUACAACGGUUCUCUAGCUAAUGGAGAUAAAGGAAGACGGCGGAGUAGACUAGCGCUUUACAAGAGGCCCAAGGCAAAUGGUGUGAAGCCAGACGUUAUUCACAAUAUAUCGACCCCACUUGUAUCUAAGGCGCUCAGCAACAAGAGUCAGCACAGCAUUUCGUAUACAUUAUCAAGGAGCCAUUCAGUGAUCGUGGAGUACACACAUGACACCAACACGGACAUGUUCCAGAUAGGGCGUUCUACAGAAAGUAUGAUUGACUUUGUGGUGACAGACACAUCCCCGAAUAGCCAGGGUGCUAAUGAGGGCCAGUCAGCCCAGAGUACCAUUUCACGAUAUGCCUGCCGCAUCAUCUGUGAACGCAACCCACCCUACACUACAAGGAUCUACGCUGCUGGGUUUGACUCGUCCAAAAACAUCUUCCUUGGGGAGCGGGCAGCAAAGUGGCGGACUUCAGAUGGCCUGAUGGAUGGCUUGACUACGAAUGGCGUCCUGGUAAUGCACCCCACUGGUGGGUUCAGUGAUGACCCCUCCCCGGGUGUGUGGCGUGAGAUCUCUGUUUGUGGGAAUGUGUACGCCCUGCGAGAGACCCGUUCGGCACAGCAAAGGGGAAAACUGGUGGAGAACGAGUCAAACACACUUCAGGACGGCUCCCUGAUCGAUCUGUGUGGCGCCACGCUGCUCUGGCGCAUGCCCGAGGGGCUGAGACGGACACCCACGCUCAAGCAACUCGAGUCCUUAAGGCAGGAGAUGAACGCAGCUCGCCCUCAGUGCCCCGUGGGCUUCAACACACUGGCCUUCCCCAGUCUAGCACAACGUGAGAUUGUUGAUAAGAAGCAGCCAUGGGUCUACGUCAACUGUGGGCACGUGCAUGGCUACCACAACUGGGGCUUUCGAAAAGAAAAGGGAGGCAGCGGGAAUGAGAGGGAGUGUCCCAUGUGCCGGCGGGUUGGCCCUUACGUACCCCUGUGGCUGGGGUGCGAAGGGGGCCUUUACCUUGACGCCGGACAGCCCACCCACGCCUUCUGCCCCUGUGGCCAUGUGUGCUCAGAAAAGACUGCCAAGUGUUGGUCGCAGAUCCCUUGCCCCCACGGCACACACGCCUUUCACGCCGCUUGUCCAUUUUGUGGCACGUGGCUGACAGGAGAGCAAGGCUACAUCAAACUGAUCUUUCAAGGUCCAGUAGACUGAACUGCAAGAAUCCACCGAAGGGACUUGAGCG